CACCGGCCCGGGAGCGGCACCGGCCCGGAGCGGCACCGGCCCGGGGCCAUGCGGGGCGCGCCCGGCUCCGCGCUGCGGGCGGCGCUGCCGCUGCUGGGCGCCGCCGUGUCCCUCUGCGCAGGCCUGCAGUGCGUGUGCCAGCUGUGCGAGCACACCAACUUCACCUGCCACACGGAGGGCGCCUGCUGGGCCUCGGUCAUGCUGACCAACGGGCGCGAGGAGGUGGUCAAGUCCUGCGUGUCCCUGCCCGAGCUCAACGCCCAGGUCUUCUGCCACAGCUCCAAGAACAUCACCAAGACCGAGUGCUGCUACACCGACUUCUGCAACAACAUCACGCUGCGCCUGCCGCUCGGUGAGUGCCGGAGCGCGGGGUCAGCCUGUCCCGCCCGGGGCCGGCGCCGCCGCCCGCCCAGCGUGGAGGAGCCGCCGUGCGAGGGCAGCCUGGUGGGCUCCGGGAAGACGCUGAAGGAUCUCAUCUACGACAUGACGACCUCCGGCUCCGGCUCCGGUCUGCCUCUGCUGGUCCAGAGAACCAUCGCCAGGACUAUUGUCCUGCAGGAGAUCGUGGGGAAAGGGCGCUUCGGCGAAGUCUGGCACGGGAAGUGGUGCGGGGAGGACGUGGCUGUGAAAAUCUUCUCCUCCAGAGACGAGCGGUCGUGGUUCCGGGAGGCAGAGAUUUACCAGACGGUCAUGCUGAGGCACGAGAACAUCCUGGGCUUCAUCGCUGCCGACAACAAGGAUAAUGGGACGUGGACUCAGCUCUGGCUUGUCUCCGAGUACCACGAGCAGGGCUCGCUGUUCGACUACCUGAACAGAGGCACGGUGACCGUGGAGGGCAUGGUCAGGCUGGCACUGUCCGUGGCCAGCGGCCUGGCCCACCUCCACAUGGAGAUCGUCGGCACGCAAGGGAAGCCAGCGAUCGCACACCGGGACCUGAAGUCCAAGAACAUCCUGGUGAAGAGGAACGAGACCUGCGCCAUCGCCGACCUGGGGCUGGCGGUGAAGCACGACUCGGUGCUGAACACCAUCGACAUCCCGCAGAACCCGCGCGUGGGCACCAGGAGGUACAUGGCCCCCGAGAUCCUGGACGACGCGAUGAACACGAACAUCUUCGAGUCCUUCAAGCGCGCAGACAUCUACUCCCUGGGGCUGGUGUACUGGGAGAUAGCCCGGAGGUGCCCCGUUGGAGGAAUCACCGAGGAAUACCAGUUGCCUUACUACGACCUCGUGCCUUCUGAUCCUUCGAUAGAAGAUAUGAGAAGGGUUGUCUGUGAGCAGAAGCUCAGACCAAGUAUUCCAAACCAGUGGCAAAGCUGUGAGGCGCUGCGGGUUUUGGGCCGGCUGAUGCGGGAGUGCUGGCGGGCCAGCGGCGCCGCGCGUCUCACGGCGCUGCGCGUCAAGAAGACGAUCUCGCAGCUCUGCGUGCCCGAGGACUGCAAAGCCUGACAGCCCCCGCGGGACGAGAGGGGAAGGCGUUCCGCUGUCCGUCCCUGCACGUGUGGCAGUGUUUUUGUUUCUGCUCUACCUCAGACGACGCGGGUCAGCGCUGCGGUGCCCGAGGCAGAGCGCCGAGCUCCAGCGCUGCGUCCGGCCGUGGGACCAGGCAGCUCGGGACUCGCGGCUCGGGGUUGGUACAGCAAGUCCGUGACUUGCUUUGGCUUUUUUCGGUAAAUCAGACACCGGUGAAUGGCAGGAAGGAGCUUACAGCAUCAUGACAGUGUAAAAAUACCUUUUGCUGUUGUGCUUUUCAUCCUUGUCAGACCCCAAACGUCCUGGAAGUGUCUGGUGUUGGUUAAAGCCUGUUUGUGAGACAAACCUCAUGUUCUGUCCUCAAACCGAGUAAAAGACCAAAUUAACCCAGCUUUUUACCUUUUUUUUUUUUUUUAAUUUUAUUUCAGGGAUCUGAAAAGGGGUUGUCAGUAAAUGCACUUUGAAUUACUAUGUUUCUAAUUAACCAAGCAAUUAGAAAAUAUGGAGAUUCCACUAAGUGUGCACUCUGUGAGAAAAAACCAUCGAGUCAGUUCCCUAUUAACAUUUAUUUUUAUUGUCUCAAUUUCACAUACAAUAUCAUGGUUAAAAUUUGAGUUGCUUUACUCUGUCUUUGGUUCAUUGAACAGAUCAAUCAAGGGACAACUUUUCUUUUUAACAGUUAUUAGGAAAAAUAAUAGAGGCAAUAUUUUUCUGUUAGAUGUGAAGGGAUGGAAUAGGAAAAAUUCUACCUAAACUGAGAAAAUAUUUAUUUUUAGCAACAUUUUUCCAGCCACUGGCAGCAUUUUUUUAGUGCCUUUUGAUGUAUUAGGGGGAAGCUUUAAAAAAAGGCAAUGCAGCCUGUUCAGAGGUUUCUUACAGAAUUCUGUAACAGCACCAGGCUGGUGAUAAAUAUUUACAUUUCUGACCAGGUCUCCAUAAUAUCACAAGCCAGCAACAUGAGUUGUUGUGUUAAAAUUCUGUCAUUUUGUGAAUUUUGGCCCACUCCGUGGCCCUCAUAUUUGAAUAUAGUGUUGGAGUAUUUUUAAUAUGCAAAAUUAUACAUUUCGUAGUCUUAUGGUUCUUUACACGUUUCUAAAUCCAGCCGGCCCAUGGGAAUUAAUCCCGAAGAUGUUUCCAGAGCAGCAAAGCUUUGCAGAAAUCUGAUGUGGGCCCGCAGCUCCGUGGCAGGAGCGUUUGGGGCCAGAUCUCUGCUGGAGCUGCUGCGGGAGGAGCGCGUUGAGCGUUCCCUGCGUGCAGCGGUGCCAGGCACUGCUGCCGUUCCCUGCUGGGCUCGCCCCCCGCUCGCUGUGGGAGCCGCUGGUUGUCCUGGGUGGGCUUUGGGCAGUUUGCAGUUUGCAGAGCUCAUCCUGCAGGGCUCGGAGCUCCUCUCAGCUCUGCAGGGCGGCUUCUCGCACACAGCCAGGGCUGGCCUGGGGACCCGCGGCAGAUGGACGGGCUUGCAGCAGCCUGCUCUAGUGGGAGCUGUCCCUGGCCGAGGCAGGGAGGUAAAACGAGACGAGCUUUAGGGUCUCUGCCGACCCAAACCAUUCUGGGGUUCCAUGACUCAGUUCUUGUGUGCUUCAACUGCACGAGCUCCCCGUGGAGCUCAGUGAUGUGGCUCUGUAGGCUGUUUGAGGGGUAGUCUUGGCAGCUGCGUGAUCCAAAGCCUGGCGCUGACUUGACUAUCAAAAACGUUUGCAAAGCUAAGAUCCAGCAUCUGUUCACGUAGUAUGUACAAGAACAUACUUAUCUUAAAAAGGAAGAAUCAAAGCUAUAUUUUUUAAGUGGGAAAAGAGUUUUCAGUUUCCCCCUGGAGUCUCUGAAAAUUGUUGACCAGCCCGUUAAUUUGAACAAGACCCUUUUGGUGCCUGGCUGGGAAGUGUGGGUGGAGGAUGCUCAGGCUCAGCUACUCCUCACACAGGUCACAGCUCCAGCCCCAGAAGUGCUUUAACCUUUUCCCUGGACAUAUCUCUUGGCAUCAGACAUUAUGGUCUGUUUGCCCUGGCUUUUCACCCAACUCAGUAUUUUUGCUCUGGUUUUCUUUUCUCUUUUGUUGUUGGGAGGUGAAUGUACAUUUUGAUGAAUUGGAGUUGAGCGUAACUGAGCCAAGGGGCUGAUGUUGUUGUACUGAGCUCUGAGAUGUUUGUCAACUCUACACUCCUUCAGAAAAGCUCCAAAGAACCCUUGUUUUAGUGGCCUUUCCCCUCCCUGUGGGUUUGUCCUGUUCUAAUUUAAAUACAGAGCUUAUGCCAAGACACUUCUGUGCAGUUUAGGGAGGCUUAGGUUUCCUCAGAGGUCACAAAGCUCCUGAUAAUGUUCACUUAAAGCAAAAGUUCUUAACCUCAUCCAAAUUUUCAAGGUCAAGGAUGCUCAAAACCUGUUACAACAUUCAGCUUCUCCUAAUUGAUGCUUCUAACUGGGGGGAAUUACCAAUAUUUUAUAAUUUGCUUCUAAUAACAAUCUAAAGUUUAAUCUAGGGAUUAUGCACUGAAAGGGAAAGUUAAUUAAUGUUUCCUGUAACACCUAUUUUUUUUUCAUGUUACUUGAACUGCUGCCCCCACACACUCCUUUAGAAAUUCAGUCUGUAAUCUCUUCUGCACUUCCCUACUUUUAUAAUUUGCACUUAAUCAAGCUCAUUCCCUCACGUGACACUAUGAAGAGUCCUACAAUAUUUUAGUAAUUGCUGUGUCCCUUCUUUGCUUGGUACUAGAUUCAGGAGUGAUAAAUGAAUGAGUUUGGAAGUGUGCCCAGUCCCUGCUGGGGGUCUGGGCUUUGGGCAGGGCAAGUUCCUCUCAUCCCCGGAGCUCCCGUGUCACAGGACAGGGCCAGGGUGGCACUGGGGGUGCUGCUGGGGGCAGGGGGCACUGGGGGGCACAGGUGGGCACACGCUGGUCACCUCCUGAGGGUGCAGGGGGGACAGGCACAACUCUGUGUGCUGGUGAAGGUACAGCUCAAAGCCCCUGCUUGGGUCACUGGGCUCUGUGACACUUGGGGUGUCCUUGGGGAGCCCUGGGCCAGCACCUGGGUGUCCCCAGCAGCACUGCAAACAUGUCCCCUCCCCUGCCUUGGCUGUGUCUGGGAUUCCAGGGACCAUCCCCACAGGCUGGGGGACCCCAGCCCCCCAAAGCUUUUUGGGAAAGAUGUCCAUGCUCUGCUCUAAUGGGCAGAGCAAUAUUUAUGAAUGUGCAGGGAAUAAGCAUUGAGGUACGAUAUAUUUCUACAGAAUAUAAGAAAUGUGCAAUAAAUUGUAACUUACACUGAAUGUAUUUUUGGCAUAAAUGGACCAGAUGUGUUUUGAAUGUAGCUAUGACAUUGUGUCUAAGCCUGCUGUGAUUCUCAGUCCCUAAGAAAAACGUGUCAUGUUUUGUCAAUCUACAAACCACUUCCUCCGUUGUCUGUUUUUAAAAGAAGCGUGAGUAUUUUAUCUGGAACGCUGUAAUAUUUCUGGACUAAGUAUAGCAGUGCAGUGCUAACUUCAACCCUAGUGUUGUGAAAUAUCUGAUCUGUGUACACUGCAGAGUUAUUUUUAAAACUAUUGCUAAAGUUAUUGCUUGAUAUUGCAGCUGCUUGGAUGUAAAUGAUGGUUUAGCUGUUGUAUUUUGUAUGCGGAUUUGGGGAAGACGUGGCAAUUUUAAUAAAUUCAGCAUACUCUG